UCUUUUUGACUGAUUAUCAUUUUUGAACGGAAAUGCAGCUGCGUCCCGAAUAGCAAGAACCACCCUUUAGCUCAGUCACGGUCCACGGCGCCGGGUAAACAACAUAGUGGUGCAAUCCUUUGGACAAAACUUUGAACCAGCCUGUAAUCUCCGACUUUACGUCAUGAUCCAUUUCCUGAUGGUGGUCAGUAAGCAGGGUAAACCCCGCAUCAGUCGAUUUUUCACGCGCCAGGCCAACCAGAUCACCAUGCAGAACGCCGUCACUAGGCUCUGUCUGAGGGACGGAAAACAGGAGGGAUUUGUGAACUAUGAAGAUCUAGUUCUUGUCUACAAACUGUACGUCAACCUCUGGUUCAUAGCAGGAGUCUCCCAGGACGAGAAUGAGCUGGCCAUCUUGGAACUAUUCCAGAAUUUGGUAGAGACAAUGAAUGAAUACUUUGGAAAAGUGACUGAAGUGGAUAUAUUAUUUAACAUGGACCGUGUCUACAUGAUCAUUGAUGAAAUGAUAAUAAACGGUAACAUCGCUGAGACUUGUCGAGGGAGAAUUCUCGUGCCCCUACAGCUCAUGGACGCCGCUAAGUAACAUUGACUGCUGCUAAGUAACAAUCACUGUUGCCAAGUAAUGAUAGCUGUUGCCAAGUUACCAUCGCUGUUGCCAUGAAACCAUCACUGUUGCUUAGUAACUAUCAAUACUGCCAAGUCAUGGCCGGUCCUGAUUAGUGCUGUUCAAUGACCGUCAGUUACAGCUGUGAUGUAAAUAUCAGAGCUGCAGAGUUGGUAUAAGUGGAGGUUUUGAAGAGAAAUUGAAGAGAGAAAAAGACACAUGAACUUUACAGAAUUAUGGAAUUAGAUGUGCAUCUAUUGGUUAUUAUGUUUUGUGAUGAAGACUGAAACAUGAAACAUUUUUUAAGAAAAUUUUUUACUUUAGAAAUAAAUACACUGUAUUAGAA